AUGGCUGUACCUAUUUGUACUUCGCGUCUCGGAGUCUGGGGUACUGGUCAGCGUUCGAGGAAUCUCUUCAUUUUCAUUUCAAAGCUAUUUUGUUCCGCCGCCACUGCCUCUAGGCCCCUAAAUGCCCAGAGAUUAGCGGAGAGGCUCCGAGCACAGAAACAGGAACAAAAGAAGGAGUCGGUACUCACAAACCCUGUUCAACGGAGGGUACAAGAACUGUUGCGGUUCACCCAGCAGCUGCAGCGAGUCCACCCCAACGUGCUUGCUAAGGCUCUGAGCAGAGGGAUUCUCCACCAGGACAAGGACCUUGUUAUUAUCAAUAAACCCUAUGGUGUCCCUGUACAUGGUGGCCCUGGCGUCCAGCUCUGCAUCAGUGAUGUACUCCCUGCCCUGGCAAAGAUGCUGCGUGGCCACAAGGCAGAGCCCCUGCACCUGUGUCAUCGGCUGGACAAGGAAACUACUGGUGUGAUGGUGUUGGCUUGGGAGAAGGAAGUGGCACAUCAGGUCCAACAGUUGUUUAAAACCCGUCAGGUGGCCAAGAAGUACUGGGCCAUCACCAUACAUGUCCCCACUCCUUCGGCAGGAGUUGUCAACAUCCCCAUCAUUGAGAAGGAGGUACAAGGCCAGCGGCAGCACCACAAGAUGACGCUGUCCCCAAACUACUACAUGGACAAUGGGAAAAUGGUGAAAGUGCGUACCAACCAGAAUGCACACAUUGCUGUGACUCAGUACCAGGUGCUAAGCAGCACUCUCUCCUCUGCCCUCGUGGAGCUCCAGCCUAUUACCGGAGUAAAACAUCAGCUACGAGUUCACCUGUCUUUUGGAUUAGAUUGUCCAAUUCUUGGUGAUCACAAAUACUCAGACUGGAAUAGAUUGGCCCCGCAGAAGCUGUGUGUUGGCACCCUGAAGAAGCUGGGACUGAAGCAGUCGAAGGCGCGCCACAUCCCUCUCCAUUUGCAUGCCCAACAGCUGAUCCUGCCUGCCCUGGGGUCCAGGAUGGAUGACCUCAACUUGGUCUGCAAGCCUCCUCAGUUCUUUGUGCGUUCCCUGAGCCGCCUGGGCUUAGAGAUACCCAGUAAGGGUCUAACAGGAGACCAUGAAACAGAGCAUCUGGAAGUGCGGUGA